CUUUACUCAAACCUUCUCAAUCCGAUCACAAGCAGCAAUAGUUGUAAUUGGCGGAUGCAUGUUACUGUCACACGACUUAUAAAGUAUAUUAGGCCCGUGUUUUUGAGGGAUGGAGAGGCCUCGAAAUCAACAUGCAAAGACUAGCCAUCGUCCACGCUACACAACGACAUCGGUGAUCCGUCGCAUAGAUUUUUCUCCUUCCUUGAUCACGACUUUUCCAAUAGCUACUUCUUCUGAUAGCUAUGACUCUCGAAAUCACUGGCAACCUACAGAAACGGUUCGUGCAAGAUGCCGUACUUCUCCACAAGCUGAACCCGGUGAGGGGUAGUCCGACGGCUUACGGUCUUGACCGCCAUCCCCAUAACACGGAUGUGUCCCGAGAAGUGCUCCUCAAACGGAAGUUCCUAGACUCCUUUGCUCUACUGGCUUCAACGCACAAAGAUGGCGACAGAGUAUCUGCGGCAACCUUAGAGGUAGGAGCGCCUGAAGGCUCAAUUGUUCGCAUUGCUAGCAAUGCUGGUGUGUGCGCGUCGACGCUUGUCCUUCUUCGGGACGUGAUGGAAGACCUUCACACUGUAUCUGUCAUGGGUCUUACAGAUGAGCGGAGGACGAUUGUUCUGUUGAAGAUAAUCAGUCUCGAUUCGCCUAAGAUACGCCAUUAUUUUGCGGAACUGGGGAAACAUCGAUCGGAUAUCUUGAGGACUGAGCAAUUUCUGCCGCAACUUUCUUCCACAUUCAAUCCCAGCGAAAUCGAGAAAUUCUUUACGUGGAUGGGAAAUCUCAAUGCAAUCACAACCGUCGCGGCGGAAGCGUCUCCAUUAGAGCUAUUGCCUUACAUUCUGUGGGCAGAAAAGGCAAAGUGGGAAUUUUCCACCUACCUUGAGGCUCUUUUCUAUUCCCAGGGUGCUGGCCUGCCUGGUUGGAUAUACAGCAUCUACAAGCUGGGAAGAUAUGCGGUCGCAUCAAGAGCCUUGUGUCAGCUUCCGGCAGAAUACCGCGGGUUGUUUUGUCCGAUGCGAAUAGAAACCGUCGAACCCUUUGCAAGGCUUGAGUUUGUCAUGAAAGAAAACGAAUUGCCUUUGAGGGAUACCCUUCGAAGAUUUGUUACAGGCCUAGAUCAUGAGUUCGCGAGGAGAUUGGCUACGAUCUGGGGUGUGGCAAAUCCCGAGUUGUGCUUCCGGAAAGCUUGUCAUCUGCAACUUGCUGUUCAUGCCGAGUUGCAGCUUAUCGCAUACUACGACCAAAACCCCGAGCUUAUGCCGCCGUUUAGAUUCAUGGGGGUUAGCAAGAAAAGCUGCUUCUUGUGUCAGAGAUUCCUCCAGAGCCACCCCACGUCCUUUUCUGUAUCUUCGUGCCAUCAGAAGUUGUACUUGGCGUGGAGAUCCCCACCGACAUCGAACCAAAAAGCAUACAAGACAUACAAAUCAGUCAUCAAAAGCAUGUGUAUCUCAAUGGAAUCAGUAGCCCGACAAGAACUGCUGAGUAGGAUCGGCAGUGCCAAAACUUUCCAGCUGGAUUCUACUGCCGGGGUAUCUCUGACAGGUCUCGUUGAUUACAGACCUCCCAGCCCUGCAGAAUCAUUGAACACAACAGACGACUCUUCUCCGCCAGGUUCAUCAAUGGAGUCGUCACCAGACUCACCCGAGGACGAGGAUGGUAACGCUCCUGCACAAACUACCCCUGCAAAAGGUGAGGAACUAUCUCCCAAAGCAAGCAGGACAGAGCGAUCCGGAGAGACAACUUCACUACCCUCACAGAUUUGCAGGGGAAACUACCACAAUUUAGACUUCGUCCUUAAUAUCAGGCGUGCUGAGGACCCUCAAAGGCGGGAUCUUGUGGCCUCCGAAGACAUUCUGGAUACGUCACAGAAGCCUUCAUGGCAGAAGCUGGUUGAGAUUCUGAGCGAUACCGAACGUUUUGGGGUGCACUUUGUCGAAGAAGAAGAGUUUUUGGUGAUUGAUGAAAUCCUGUGGGUCAGGAAUGAGCGACAGUUCCAUGCUUGUCUGCAGUUCUUACGCAACUCUGGGUGUUGUAACGUGGGUGUAGAGGUUCGGACGUAUGGAUCGUUGAAAUUGAAGACCUCUUAGUCGUGGCAGUUAGUUCGAAUGAGCAUUGGGAGUCGUUACUCUUGAAUGGUGUUGAUCGAGACCUUCCAAGUUAUACUAAGAUCUCAGUUCGGAAUUUGGCUUGGGCACUAGAGACACAUACUAUUCUAUCUAGCUUUAUCCAUCCUGUCUUCUAG